AUGUCAUGUUGCGGAUACGACUUCGUGGAAGGUCAGGGGUACCGAUGCCCCUUCGUGUUGGUUGACACCGCUGCCAGCCCCAGCGGGGCGGAGUUCAUCACCUGGGCCUUGGAUCCCCAGUACUUCCUGUACGAGGGGUGUGAGUGUAUUGAGGGCUACCACCCUGUUUGGACGCCUCACAGGAACGGAGUGCCCUCCAUGGGGCCCUCCUUGGCGUGUUUCAGGACGGCUGACCCAUGGCACGAGCGCAAUCCCUGGGCACUUGUUCUCAUCGUACUUGGCGGGCUGCUGGUGGCGAGCUGGCUGACGUACUUGAUGUGUUUCCGCCACGGGAAGAACGCCGCCAUCGUGCGGGCUUUUCUCAACGUCUUGAAACGUGUUCAACCGGAGCCCAAGGGGGUGAAGGUGACUGUCGUGGUAACCGACAUUGAAGGGUAUUCUGCUCAUGAAAGAAACCCGAUGCCAAUGACAAACGCACUCAACCAGCAUAACGGCAUCAUACGUCAGGCCCGUUGGGAUAAUUUUGGCUACACAGUGGAGCAAGAGGGGGACUCGUUCUCACUUGCGUUUUAUGAGCCUCACGACGCGGUGGUGUUUUGUUUGCAGACUCAGCUAGCCCUCAACAAACAGACCUGGCCCGAGGGUUUGUUACCCAAUGACGUGCGAGAGCAGGCCUUGAGGAGGAGAGGACGAGUCCCAAGCCUGUUGAACGUCAUUUCGACGGUCGUCAGCAACCUGUCUCAGUCGCUCUUUGGCGGCCGAGUCGGUUUGUCAGAGCAGCAGCCGAGUGAGCUCUCUUCGGAGGAAAACCCGGCGGCUGGCACCCGGCAGAGCAGCACAGCUGCAGGUACGACAGUUUCGGUUUUGGGAGCCUCGGGAUUACGAUUGCCGUACACAGAAGCUGAAGGAAUUGCUGCAGGAGGAGGUGAUGUUGGCGGCGGCGGUCGGCGCUCUUCCAGCAACUCGUCCCACCGUUCUGCCGUACUUUUCAACGGGCUACGUGUACGGAUGGGUGUGGCUACGGGCACGCUGCCUCCGGGGUGCAGCGUCAAAGGCUCUGCGGUGAUGGAACUGGCCAAGAUGGUGUCCGAUAUGGCCAAUGGUGGCCAAAUCUUGAUGGACGAGACCACCUUCAAGAGCAUUAAGGAGAGGAUGGAGGAAUUCGGUGCUGUCGACCAAAACGGAAUGAAUUACAAGAAGCUGAACUCCAUCCAGCCGCCGUGCUAUCCUACCUGUAUCAAACGGAUCCGCAACCCUGAUGAUGCGCUCUUGCUGGACAUGGGGGAGUACUCGUACUGCCCCGGGGCGAAGAGGUUACCGUUAUUUCAGUUUGAGCCAACUACCGCAACCGCCACGGCUACCACUCCGACGGCGGCGGCGGCGGCGGCGGCGGCGGAGGCGGCGGCGGCGGCUGGGACAGGGUCGGCACCAUCCACACCACAGGCUGCCAUGCGCCGUACUAACGGUACUAUCGUAGCGGUCAUUCGGGUUUUCCAGAUCCUCUCUCCCUCCUUGGUGGGGCGGGCCAAGGUAUUUGGAAACAAGUUGGCUCUGAGGGACGAGUGGCGCUGCAGCGACGACCCGUACCUUGCGGCACCUGGCACCCUCAAGGUUCCGUUGGGUCCCGCCGACAUCGUUGCACCGAAUCCAACCUCGAUGCCGUACAUCACCAUGGCCUUUGCUAUUGUGGAGGGGGCCAAGGAAUUUGCCGGGAAGCACCGGCAAGAUGUACAACGAGUUAGUGACAUGUGUACGGCGUGUAUUCGUGCCUGUCUGCGGGUGGUGUGCGGCGGUUACAUGUGCAGAAGUCAGGACGGUGAGCUCAAGUACAUGGUGGCUUUUGCAUGUCCGGAGUCCGCAGUGGAGUGGGCUGUGCUGCUCCAGGACGUGAUGCUCUAUGUGAAGUGGCCCGAGGCGGCUCUAAAGUACUGGGGCCGGGAAACGUACGACGAACGGGGACGACUUGUGUUCCGAGGACCUCGAUCCGGGCUUGACGCGGGCCAGGAGCGCCUUACGGGAUUCCCGCCAGUACUCUUCAGAAUGAAGAUCGGGCUGUGUGAGGGCUGCCCUCGGUCCAUCACCCCGGACCACGUGGGGCGGGCGGACUAUCACGGCGCCUCCGUCAACCAGGCGGCGAGGUACAUGGACGCCGCGGCGCACGGGGGCAUGGUGGUUGUGGAGGAGGGCCUUGCGCUGAAGGUCAUGGACAAAUGGCGCGCGGUGGCGGCAGCGGCAACGGUGACGGCAGCCCCCGGCUCAAGUCGUACAAGCAUUGAGCCUGCGUUUGCAUCGGCGAGCGCACCUGCCGCCGAUGCGGCUAGCAGUGGCAGCAACGGCGCCGGUUCCGCUGCCGGAAAGGGCGUGAAGGUGGAGCACGCGAGCGGUCUCCUGGACGGGUGCAACGUCCGUCUGCCCGACCUGGUCUCACCCCUUAAGGCCACCAGCGGUGUCAACGGCCUUCGUGGAGCCCAACCGACCACACCGCUUGACGCCGCCGCCAACAGUUCCUCCCUCAACAACAGCCGCUCUCAACACCCUGAUGUCGCGCCAACGCUGCAAUUUGGAAGACAGAAAAAUAUUAGGUUUUGUUUGCGGAGAUACGCAAUUGGUGCCUUUAAUUUUUUGUGUUUCGUUUUUGAGUUUCCCGUUCGCAACGGAUUUUUCGUGAUAUAUCCCUCCAUUAUCUUCCCACCUGCAAAUGUCCGGCUGGCUCUUGUAGUCGUACCGGCCGCUGUCGUCGGAGCCGUUGCAAAUGUGGUCAGGGUCGUAGCGGUCCAGGAAACCUGA